CAGGUUGAUGGAGAGGACUAGUAUUGACCCCCGUCGAGCCAGAAGUCUUCCUUGGUUUGAGGAUAGUCGGACAUCAUACCAGCAUCACGCUGACUACCUCAAACGUCUGUCCACACUCAGGGACGAACUCAUCAAUCAAGAGCAUGAGAACUUAUCAAACGCUCUCGAGCGGCUCAAGCAGCGACAAAACGGCAAGGAGAACAGAACCACAACGAGACCACGUGACACAGAUGGAUUUGGGUUCGAGGUUCAGCCACGAAAAUCGCUGAUGACUACCGUAGAACAGUUCAAACGAACUCGGCCCAGACGAAGUCCUCCAAGGAUUAUGCCCCUUGAGGGAAAGCAAAUUAUGGAGCCACAAGCGUUUUACAAAUCUCCGCGUAGUCCAUUAUUGGCGUCGUCGUCACUUCCGGUUAGAACGCCAGAUGAUAGUUUUAAACUGAAUCUACAGCGGUUAAUCCAGCCCACUUCUAGUAUUCCGAACAUUGGACGUAAGUCAACAACCUCUAACAAACAAUUGGUUCUGGAAACAUCCCCCUUACAGAAGAAAUCUACGCCCCCAAAGUUAUCCCCAUACCCGGUAUUGGAACGGCCGGGUCCAUUAUAUAAGGGCACACUCAAAACCGGGGGCCGUCUCAAAGGUCUAAUAAAACCGGACGAUGAUAAAGACGAUGAUGAAAUACCACCACCUGGUUUUCAUCAUUCUGACACUAUGGACCAGGACAAGAUGAGCCUGGAACAGCUUAAAGACUAUUACUGUAUUUACUAUCUUCCUACCAACACGCCCGUAGUUCCGAAUGAAGACGACAUGUCUUUCUAUGGAGAAUCUGUGCAUAGUAGCCGGAAAUCCGAAGGCAGAGACAGUAGAAAAAGAGUGAAUGCCGUAGAGGGCAGGUCAAUUUUGAAGAGACUAGACAAAUCUAGACAUAGAACAAAUCCAAGGCGCACACCAAGACGUGACCGGAAGUACUAUUCUGAAAGUCAUAAUUACGACUCGGAGUAUUCAGGGGAUUCCCCUCCUCCUUCAAACAAGAAACAGAUUGUUGUGGAUAUGCCAGCAAUUGUGUUUAACACCGCGACUCCAGAACGGACUCGGAUAGACUUUGAAUCUGAUUUAACCCCUCUACGUAAGACUUACAAGCAAAACGAACUCCGCCAGAGGGAGUUAAAAAACUUGAUAGAAGAUGUCAAAGAGCUCAACUUACGUAACGAUACGUUAACUGGGUUCUUACAGAAGGCGCCGGACGAAUAACGAGAGUUAUCUCCCAUGGAUUUACAGUUCCGGGUUAUACACGGCACAUCAUCGUUCGCGCAACAUAUAAUGCGCACAUUCUGACUUAGUGUUAAUUGACUGGAUAAUGAUGGAAAUAUUUGAAGUUCGACCGAAUUAUCUCCCUUUUGGACUUGAUACUCUAUCUAUAGACCAAGGGUUAAAAACAGAUCAACUAAACAGAUCAUCUAAUAUUUUCGGUUCAGCAAAUAAUUUCAAAUCAAUACAGAACAUCAUUUUUAUCAUUUACCGCUUCAGUCGUUUUCCACUGCAAGUCUCAUACAAAGUGUAGCUCUAUCAAAAUUUGUCACGUAAAAUUAUUUGUAGUUUAUGAUGGAAAAUGUGAUAUAUCACCCAUCUAUGGAACAGGGGAACUACAGUACCGCUUGUCAUAAUAGCCAUCAUAUGCUGAAUCGAAUUACGGAAAUAUUUAUGGUCACACUAAACAUGACUGGACCCCGCAUUAUAUACUACCUAGUAAAUUUGAAUAUCAAAGAAAUUACGGACUAAACAGUUUGUUAUAAGAUGUAUAUCGAUUCUAAUGUCAUAUAAGAUUUAUGAACUGUUAGUCUCAGAUUUGUUUCUUUUACCGACGCGAAGAGGAGAAAAAACAUAGUUACAAGUUUCAUAAAUAUUUUAUAGAAAUGUGAAGUUGACGAAUUUAAGAUUCUGUUUAUCACAUAUAUAAUUGAAAUAAUUAAAGGCAUUAGUGGAAAUAAUAAUAUAUGAAUAUCAUAUUGAUAUGAAAUCUAGAAUUAAAAUAUUAUAUAUUUCAACUCAAUGUCUUUGGUUGGUGAAGUCACAGUGUGUGUGGCCAUGAAAUGUAUAAGGAGUCUCAUUUAACGCGAGCUAGCUGCCCAUCAUAUCUCUGCUAGGUAUAUGAUCGCACGUGUGUUUCCGACAAUUUCUGUUGAAAUGGGUGUAAUAACACUGACAAAAUCUUUAUAUGGUAGAUUAACGUUCCUGUUUACACAAUUUUGCUGUAAUAUACAUUUUAACAUUAAAAAGUUGUAAUUACAAAGCUUUCAAUUAUUGUAAUGAUUUGGACGAA